AUGACUGAUUUCGAUUUAAUGAAUUUUCCAUUUCAUGAGCGUUUGGAUUCUCCUGUAUCAGAGAAUGGGGAAAUUAAAGACGGAGAGCCAAUCCCACAAAACUGGCUAAAUGAAAAUCAUGUCGGAAAAUCCAUCUUACCUUUAUUCGUUAACCCUGAAGAUGUCAUCAAUUGCAACUUUUCCAAUGCUAGAGACUCAUAUGAAGAGAACAAAUCACCAUCUAUGGAUCAAAUGAAUUAUGCUAGAAAUACUAGUUAUCAGGAAUCUCCAGGAUUACAAGAACGACCAAAAAACGAAAAAGAUAAGUCUCCCAUAGGUACUGAUGUUCAUAAAAAGGAUGUACCCAAUUUCAUACACUCUACUCCUAGAGAAAACUCUUCGAAGCAUUUUACGAGGGCAAAUGAACAGGCUUCUGCUCAACCAACUGAUGAACAUACAUCGCCAGAUAUCUCGAUAGAAGACUGUAACGGUGCCAAAAUUUUUCUACAAAACUCCUUAUCGAAAGAGGAUUUUCGAAUGUUAGAAAAUGUGAUACUGGGGUAUCAAAAAAAAGUUAUUGAAUUGGGUAGAGAUAAUCUAAGACAAGAGGAAAGAGCAAACUCUUUACAAAAGGAGCUCGAAGCAGCUACGAAGUCAAACGACAAAACCUUAGAUAACAAAAAAAAAAUUGAAGAACAGACAGUAUUGAUUGAAAACCUAACAAAGGACCUUUCGCUGAAUAAAGAAAUGUUGGAAAAAGCCAAUGAUACUAUUCAGACAAAACACACUGCAUUACUAAGUCUCACUGACUCCUUAAGAAAGGCCGAGCUGUUUGAAAUACCGAUUGGUAUAUUGUUUUUCGAUUUGUAUGACUCGGAGGAAAAUUCUUCAAAAUUAGAUCACAUAUUACAAGAAAAAUAUCCUAAUAUUAAAGGGUUUUUAUGUGCAUCACAGCAAGAAGAGCUGAGCCGCAUUUCUCAGCGAUUUAAAAAUGCAAAAGCAGAAGCUGAGGAUCUCCGAAAUGAGUUAGAGAAUAAAAAAAUUGAAAUCCAGACCAUGAGAGAAAAAAAUAAUACUUUAAUUGGUACAAAUAAAACCCUUUCCAAACAGAACAAAAUACUAUGUGAUAAAUUUGACAAGUUGACAAUCGAUGAGAAGGAAAUUUUGAAAGGAUGUAAUGAGGAAAUAAAAAUUAAGCUGGAAAGGUUGAAUGAAAGACUAGGAUCAUGGGAAAAAAGCAAAGAAAAAUACGAAACAUCAUUGAAGGAUAAAGAAAAAAUGCUAGCAGAUGCUGAAAAGAAAACAAACACUCUAUCAAAGGAACUGGAUAAUUUGAGGUCGCGAUUUGGAAACUUAGAGGGAAAUACUUCUGAAAGGAUUACAAUAAAAAAUAUCUUACAGUCAAGGCCCGAUAUUUCGGCAGAAGAAUGUAAUUUCCUUAUGGUUGAACAAAUUGAUUCAGCAAAUUUGACGACUUUACAAAAUACUGUCAAAGAAAUUGUUUUGGCUGUUGGUAUUCCUUAUCCAAAGUUAAGGCGAAAGAUUCCGUUGCUGGCUAUCAAAUUGAAAUAUGAAAACAUCAUGCUGUCCAAUUUUGCUCAACGUCUGCAUAGACAAGUAUAUAGUCAAGAAAUGAAUCUAAAGAAAUUUACGGAUCAAGCAUACUAUGAUUUUAUGUCAACGCGCAGGAUGGAUUCCAUAGAUCACCAUUUGGAGAGGUGUCUGGACCAUCUGUAUGAUCAUAUCCUGGAGAAGAUGGUGAAGUAA